UCACCCUUAUAUCAUUAUCUUCUUCUUCUCUCAAAUAUUCCAUUUCCACUUUUCUAUCAAAGACCCAAUAAAAAAAUAUACACAGAAAAAAUGAAACCAGCUUCCAUCUCCUCCAGAUUUGCACCGCUACCAUUACGGCUGCCGCCGCCGCCCGGUCCGGAAAAAUGCGAAGGCCACAAGUGUCCAUGGUGGCCGUAUUCCAGUUCCAAAGAGUUCAAAGCUAAUUCUGUUAUGAUACUCAUGGUAUUAUUAUGUGGGUUGAUAACUGCUUUAGCUUUCAACGCCGGAAUUCGCUAUAUCAUACGGUUGCAUUGCAGAAGGAGACGCUCUCAGCAGCCACCAGUGAACGAGGAUGUCGAAAUGGCCCAUCCAAAGACGGAGGAGGAAGAAAUUCCGACGGUGAUAUAUUCACCGGGAAUGAAGCUAGCAGGGGCGGAGGCGGAGUGUGCAAUAUGCUUAUCGGAGUUUUCAGAUGGAGAGAAGGUCAGGGUUUUGGAAAAAUGUAAUCAUGGAUUCCAUGUGCAGUGUGUUCAGAAAUGGCUAGUUUCGCAUUCUUCAUGUCCCACUUGCCGAACCAAUUGUUCUGAAUGAGAUAAUCUCCUUUAGACUCCAUUUUAUGUUGAGAAUGAUGGGAUUUUAGAUGAUCAGUUCCAAUUUUGGGUAUGUGAAUCUAACAGCUUUUUUUUUUCUCACGGGCUGAUUUGCAGAUUUUUUUUUUUUUUUUUUUUUUUUUGCUAACUGUCAAUAAAAUCGUGCCAAAUGGAAGUCUGUAAAAAUUCUGUCAAAGUUUGCCUGUACUUUGUGGCAUUUUUCAUUAUUUUUGAUUUGUUGAA